AUAUGAAUCACAUUUCUUUAUAGUUUCGUACGUGAUGGAUUCCAUUUCCAAAGAUAAUGGACAUUUUUCCAUGAAUGGUGGCGAUGGACCUCUCAGCUAUGACAAAAACUCAUCCUACCAGCGAGGAAUAUUGGAAGCUUCAAAGGCAAUCAUCGAAGAAGAAAUCGCCACAAAAUUAGAGUUCUCAACUAAUAGCUUCUGCAUUGUCGAUUUCGGGUGCUCAACCGGAAACAACUCUUUUCCGGCCAUGCACGCGAUCAUCGAAGCCAUCAAACGCAAAUACGAAUCCACAGACCUCAAAACCCCAGAAUUCCACGUCUACUUUAACGACGUCGUCUCUAACGACUUUAACACCCUCUUCCGUUCCCUCCCACCUGAUAGGAGCUAUGAGGUAGCCGCAGUUCCCGGGGACUUCCACGGCAGCCUUCUCCCUCCAUCCUCCGUCCACUUUGCGUACUCUUCUUGGGCGGUCCACUGGCUGUCGGAGGUGCCCAAGGCUGCCGAGGGCCUCAAGUCUCCGCCUCGGAGUGGAGGAGAGAUGGAGGAGGUUUAUGAAGCUUAUUUGGGGCAAUUUGAGAAGGAUUUGGAAUCAUUCUUGAAAUGAAGGGCUGUGGAAAUGGUGGAGGGUGGGAUUAUGGCUCUUUUAAUUCCAGGAGUGCCUAGCUAUUGGGACCCACAAAAGGAGUUCACCGUUAUAUCGAGGCUUGAACUUCUCACGUCUUCCCUUGUAGACAUGGCAAAAAAGGGAAGAUUGAGUGAGGAAAAAUUAGAGAAAUUCAACUUUCCGCACCAUUUUCCCACCCCAGAGGAGGUGAGGGCAAUACUGCAUAAGAGCAUCAGUUUCAGCAUUGAAAGAAUGGAGAUUUUGAGUAGUGGGGCAUUUCUCAAUGUUGAUGGCCACGUGGCAUGUUUUAGGGCGGUUUUUCAAAAUGUGCUUACACAUGAGUUUGGAGUUGAAGCUAUCGACGAGACGUUCGACCUUUUGAAGAAGAAACUUCAAACUUCAGCAGUUUAUGCAAAUCCUUCUAAUGAAAGAACUGUUGUGAUUGUUGUUAUCCUCAAGCACAAUAAUGUUUAGUACGUUGUUGUUGGUUAGAGACUUCAAAUA